CAACACUCGCAGAAGGAAGUGGCAUCCCCUGCUAACAUUAGCAAACGACCUUACCUGGACGUCCUGGCUUCCCUAAUAGAGAAAUUUGAAGAGCUAGUCCGUUUCAGCUAUGCCACAGAAAGAUCCGUGCCAAAAGCAAGCAUGUGAAAUUCAAAAGUGUUUGCAAGCUAACAAAUACGUGGAGAGUAUGUGUGAGGAUGUAAUCAGGGAGAUGCGGCGAUGCUGUGAGACACACGCUGGAAACUCAAUCUGCUGCUCCGGUUUCAAGGACUCAAAACCGCCUGAGGACAAGAGUAGGAAUAGCUUGUUGUGAAAAUGCCUUAAUUAGAAUAAAGACUGGACACAAUGUGUCAAUAUUUUA